AUGGCGGACGAUAACAAAACGCCCUUGGACCACUUCAACGCGGUAGCCGAGUCCUAUGAGAAGAGCACUGGUGGCUGCACGAGAGAGCUCGCUGAGAGGCUCGUCCCGUUACUCGAUAUCGACAAUGACUCCGUGGUUCUCGAUAACGCAUGCGGCACUGGUAUUGUCACCGAUGUUAUAAUGCAGAAGUUCAAAAAUGGGAAAGGGCCUGUAGUUCACGCUGUCGAUGGCGCAUCCAAGAUGGUUGAGCUCGUGGAAGCUAGGUUCCCGGAUUACGACAAUGUACGAACAGGUGUCAUGCCGGGCGAAGACUUGGACUUCCCCGAUGAGUCCUUCACCCACUCAGUCACCAACCUAGGAUUCUUGUUUUUUGAUGACGCAAAGAAGGGCGCCUCUGAGAUUUGGCGCACGCUGAAGCCUGGUGGGAUUGCUGUGGUGACCAAUUGGGAGGAGCUCGGAUACCUUCCAGUCCUCUGGAAGCUUCAGCGCGAGAUACGUCCUGAAGAGGAGCCCUUUAGUGUGCCUAUCAAACCCGAGUGGUUCAAACCGUCUCAUACGGAACAAGUCUUGAGAUCUGGUGGGUUUGAACAGGUUGACCUUCAGGAAAUGGUUGUGCAUUGGGGCGCAGAGAGUUUGGAGGAGGUCUCGUCAUCAAUCGUCCAGAUGUUUGGUCCCGCUGUAUUCAAGGAUUGGACCGACGAAGAAAAGACGAAAGCAAUGGAGAUGGUGCCCUUGAUACUAAAAGAUGCCAUUGUGUCUCUAAACAGAAACGGGCAAACAUGUGUCGGGGUCACAAUGAAAGCAAUCGUGGCGAUUUGCAAGAAAUAA